UGGUGUCUAGAAUUUUUUCCACGUAAGUUUCUGGGCACAAAUUAAACCGCCGAGGUCAUUCAGGUCAGCAACUGUUGCUACUCUUGCUCGCUGAAACUUAACCCUACGUCGCCAUGACUGCAGCCAUGCUUACGUUGGCCGUUGCUCUCGCUGUAAUAAAUAUUAUCAGAAUACAAGCCGAGGUCUACUCAUCCUUCGCUCAUCUCGAGCGUUCACUGCAAGCUGAGCAAUCUCUGGCGAAAGACAUCAAAGAUUAUAUAAAACAAGAAAAAGUGCGACUGGAAAAGCUGGAAAGAGCUGCCGAAGAAUAUGAACAACACAGCAAAGCAGCGUUGGCGAACAGUGAAAGUUUCAUGGGGAAUCCCAUCAACGCGUACUUGUUUAUGAAACGCUUUACGACAGACUGGGCAGACCUCAGUCAUCUACUGCAAGAGGACCACAGCUAUGAUCUUUUGGCAAAUUUCGAAGAGAUCAGAAACAAGGGAUUUUUACCGCAGUUGGUAGAUUUACAGGGGGCAGCGGCAGCUCUGAUGAGGUUACAAGACACGUACAAUCUCAACACAUCCGAAAUUGCCAGUGGAAUACUACAGGGAGUGAAGAGAUCGCCGGGUCUAUCUGCCUUUGACUGUUUUUACUUUGGGAAAUACGCAUAUAACCAAUCUGAUUACUACCACACACUUCUGUGGAUGCAGGAGGCGCUCAAUAGACUGCCAUUUGAGCCCGACUCCCCCAUAGACCGGAUAACCAUAUUAGAUUACUUAACGUUCGCAACUUUCAAGCAAGGAAACGUGAGACACGCGCUUCUUCUUGCAAAUGAGAUGCUGCAGAUAGACCCCGAGAACGAAAGAGCAUUACAGAAUAAAAGAUAUUUUCUAUCAAAUCUUGAGGAAUCUGACCAGCCGAUGACGAUUGAAAACAAAAGGCCACAUAGGGGAGUAAGGGAUGAAGAAUAUGAAAAUUAUGAAAAACUAUGCCGAGGAGAUAGUAUUAAACCUUUCAAAACACCAAAACGGACCCACAAACUUACUUGCAGUUAUGAAACCAACAAGAGCCCUAAUCUGCUGUUAAGACCAUUCAAAGUUGAAGUAUUGUAUCACAGCCCUAAGAUAGUCAUGUGGCACGAUGUGCUGUCCGAAGUCGAAAUGAAGAAAGUGAAAGAGCUCGCUACGCCUCGGUUAAACCGCGCGACCGUUCACAAUCCUGUGACAGGAAAACUUGAAUUCGCGGAAUACCGAGUUAGCAAAAGUGUUUUCUUGGACAGCGACAUCGACCCCGUAGUGGAAGUAAUCAGUCAAAGAAUCGCAGACAUCACUGGAUUAGAUAUGUCCACGGCUGAAGGACUACAGGUAGCUAAUUACGGGAUGGGUGGACAAUAUGAGCCACAUUUUGAUUUUGCCCGGAGGAGAGAAACUCACGCUUUUAGUGAUGCUAUAGGAAAUAGAAUAGCCACAGUUCUGUUUUAUAUGACAGACGUGGAAGCAGGGGGCGCCACAGUAUUUCCCAAACUAGGAGUUAAAGUUUUCCCUAAAAAGGGAUCUGCAGCAUUCUGGUACAAUCUCAGACGGAGUGGUAUUGGCGACUACCGUACAAGACAUGCCGCGUGUCCAGUGCUGUCCGGGGCCAAAUGGGUUUGCAAUAAAUGGCUGCAUGAAAGAGGACAGGAAUUAAGGCGAACGUGUUCAACCAAUCCUAAGGAAUAAUCACAGCGGCUAUGCAUACCAUAUUUGUUCGAUCCAGGAACUCAAACCAGACUCGCAAUACUCAAUGCAAUUUAUAUUCUUGAAGUUCAUUUUAGUGUAGAUAUGCAUCACUAGAGCUUUCACUGCAAGACUGCCAAAAUGUUUGCUUUCAUAUAUAUUUUAAGUGUGAAACGCACAUGAUAUCUGCUAUCAUACAGUGGACUCAAUAAACUAUAUAUUUUCUUUAUUUAACUGAUUAUUUGACAUCAUUAAUAUAUAGGAUGGCAAAAUGUACUUCUUAAAAAGUUAUCUUUGUUUAAAAGAAUUUUUUAAUAUAUUUUGUCAUAAUGACAAGCCCUGAACAAGAAUGGGCAAUCAAAAACCGUUUUAAGACGAACCAUGCACGGAAGGAGACAGUUUUGUCGUUGGUCUGCUCCUAUUAUAUGGAUACUUUUAAAACAGUUUCUGGUAUCAUGCCAUACGUUAUAUUGGCACUAUUGUUGUGAUGUAUUUUUGUAUAUUUUGUUUCAUGUUAUACAGAAAGUAAGAAGAAUAUAUGGAUAUUAUGUAAUGUACAACGCAUCAAAAUCAGAUUGUAUCAAAGACGAUAUCAGAGCAAAUGGAGAGUGUGUAGUGUGAUUUUUGACGACAGAGGUGUUGUAAAGAUUGUUUUCAGCGGUGCAAAGUUGAAUAAAGGUGCCAUUUGGUAGAUGUAUACUUGUCUUUUCACGCUUUUUACAACUAUACGCGACAACUAGACUACAUA